AUGGCUCUGGUCCAUACCAAUUUCUAUGCAGAUACCGGAGCUUCCGCAAAGCAAACAGAGAGUCAGAUAAUCCACCCGUCGGAGCGGUCGGUCCAUAACGAGUUUUCGGAUGAGGCGAAAUCUGAGCUGUUGGACGAGUGCGAAAAGCAGUUUAGUCAACUCCAGAAGCUACAGAAUGAAAUCCUUUUGGCAGACACAGAGUCAAGCGAUGGUGAAUCCAGUGAGAUAGUCAAUCGUUUGAGUGCUCUUUCAGCUGAGCUCGAGCAAUGGCAGGAAACUGAGCCGAAAUUGAUGCCAACGAAUCCUGAAAUUCUACUGGCUGUUGGAAAAGAGGAGUUGCAGACCUUAAACACACAACUCAAGAUGGUUCUCUCCUCUGCCCAAGUGAAGCGAGACGCGCUGAAAGACACAUUAAAAAGAGAGCAGACCUGGCUACAGGAGAAAAAGGAGGUGCUAAACGCAGUCAGUGAGAAAGUGUCCGAAUUACGACUGGAGAGCGAAGGUCUGUCAGAGCACAGUGUUUUAGUGGAUAUGAAGAGAAAGAUCCAGACAGUAAAGGACUACCAGAGCAGACUCAUGGACACCCUGAGCGACAUGCUAACAGACCACUUCCCACUCCCCGAAGAGCAAGCAAACACCAGCAAGAGAAAAAGGACUGCGCUCCCAGACCCGGGAAGGCAUCUAAUAUCGCUCAGUGAAAUUCUUGAGCUGUUGACUAACAAAACGCUGGAAUCUCCCCACGAACCGUAUGUUACCAUGGACGAGUCCUUUUGGCCUCCGUACACCGAGAUGCUACUUCGCAAUGGAAUUGCAACAAGACACCCUGAAGACAGCACUAAAAUACGUUUGGAGAAUUUCUACUGA